AAUAGCAGGAGCUGUGGCAGCGGCGAAAGGAAGCGGCUGAGGCGCUUGGAACCCGAAAAGUCUCGGCGCUCCUGGCUACCUCGCACAGCGGUGCCCGCCCGGCCGUCAGUACCAUGGACAGCAGCGCUGUCCCCGCGAACGCCAGCAAUUGCACUGAUGAUGCCUUGGCGUACUCAAGUUGCUCCCCAGCACCCAGCCCCGGUUCCUGGGUCAACUUGUCCCACUUAGAUGGCAACCUGUCCGACCCAUGCGGUCCGAACCGCACCGACCUGGGCGGGAGAGACAGCCUGUGCCCUCCGACCGGCAGUCCCUCCAUGAUCACGGCCAUCACGAUCAUGGCCCUCUACUCCAUCGUGUGCGUGGUGGGGCUCUUCGGAAACUUCCUGGUCAUGUAUGUGAUUGUCAGAUACACCAAAAUGAAGACUGCCACCAACAUCUACAUUUUCAACCUUGCUCUGGCAGAUGCCUUAGCCACCAGUACCCUGCCCUUCCAGAGUGUGAAUUACCUAAUGGGAACAUGGCCAUUUGGAACCAUCCUUUGCAAGAUAGUGAUCUCCAUAGAUUACUAUAACAUGUUCACCAGCAUAUUCACCCUCUGCACCAUGAGUGUUGAUCGAUACAUUGCAGUCUGCCACCCUGUCAAGGCCUUAGAUUUCCGUACUCCCCGAAAUGCCAAAAUUAUCAAUGUCUGCAACUGGAUCCUCUCUUCAGCCAUUGGUCUUCCUGUAAUGUUCAUGGCUACAACAAAAUACAGGCAUGGUUCCAUAGAUUGUACACUAACAUUCUCUCAUCCAACCUGGUACUGGGAAAACCUGCUGAAGAUCUGUGUUUUCAUCUUCGCCUUCAUCAUGCCCGUGCUCAUCAUUACCGUGUGCUAUGGACUGAUGAUCUUGCGCCUCAAGAGUGUCCGCAUGCUCUCUGGCUCCAAAGAAAAGGACAGGAAUCUUCGAAGGAUCACCAGGAUGGUGCUGGUGGUGGUGGCUGUGUUCAUCGUCUGCUGGACUCCCAUUCACAUUUAUGUCAUCAUUAAAGCCUUGGUUACAAUCCCAGAAACUACGUUCCAGACUGUUUCCUGGCACUUCUGCAUUGCUCUAGGUUACACAAACAGCUGCCUCAACCCAGUCCUUUAUGCAUUUCUGGAUGAAAACUUCAAACGAUGCUUCAGAGAGUUCUGUAUCCCAACCUCUUCCAACAUUGAGCAACAAAACUCCACUCGAAUUCGUCAGAACACUAGAGACCACCCCUCCACGGCCAAUACGGUGGAUAGAACUAAUCAUCAGUGCCUACCUAUACCUUCCCUGUCUUGCUGGGCUCUAGAGCAUGGCUGCUUGGUUGUGUACCCUGGACCACUGCAAGGACCUCUUGUCACAUAUGACCUCCCAGCUAUCCUUCACUCGUCCUGCCUUCGUGGAAAUACUGCUCCCAGCCCGUCUGGUGGAGCAUUUCUCCUGAGUUAAGCAUGAUUAUUUUUCAGUUGCCCGACACUGCCCUUGACUCCCUUCCAAAUUCGGCAUUUUCACAUCAGUACGGCUAUUGUACAGCCAGAUAGAAGAGAAAAGAAGCUAAUUGGAGGAGUUCUGUUCCAAGUAACUAAAAGGUUUGCUUAAAAAAUACAUCCAAUUAGGCCUUAUCUUCAUCGCUGCCUCUAUGAAGCAGUAUCAGUGUAAGAUAACAGCAGAAACACAUUAGCCCUGGAAUUGGCUGCUGUCCCAAAAUGCCCAACUGAGAGAACUGGACACAGAAGAGAGGCUGCCAGGAAAAGAGGGAAAGAUGCUCUGACGUAUUUAAAAAUUAAGAUAAAUCAAAGCUCCCUUUGGCUAAUCUCCACUGAUGUGUCAUCAUUAGAAUUAAAGCAGUUACAACCAGACAACUGUAACAAUACAUAAGCUGCUAGUGAUACUUUCAAUAAUAUAUCGACAUAAUAAAAUGACUUGAAGGAGAAAUUGGAGACUUGAUGGCUGUGUCUAUAGGACAUGUUAAAUUAGUUGUACAAAUCCAGAAUGUGACAAACAGGUGUUUGGUCGUUGUUUCACAUCAUGACCCAUCAUGUUGGAAAACAAGCUAAUAGGAUUUGCAUUUAACUUUUCAACUACUUGUUUGAAGUUUAUAUUGGUUGUGGAUGUUUAUGUUCUGCCUUAUGUAUUUGUACUUUCUUUGAGGAAUAUAUUAUACUCUAUAUGUCACAUUUCAAGCACAUUAGUCAACUUCAUAUUCUGCAGAUCAGAGAUCCAAUAUCAAACCUUCCCAGGGUGUCUGUAUUCUGACAACUGUCCACUGAGGCAAUUUCCAUACAGCGCAAAGUGGAGUGGCGAUUUGGCAGUUAUCAAGGUAAUUUGAUAAGCCAAUGAGAAAAUUCUGUGCCCAAAAUAAGCUUAGAGUCAUACUUACACAGUUAAGAGCUGCUCAGUCAGCUUUUGCUACAUUACAAAUCAUUCCAAAAUGUAGUGGCUAGAAGCAACCAUUUAUUUAGUUUACAAUUCUGUAGAACAGCCAUUGGAGCUGGGCUUGGCUGGACCGUUCUUCCAUAUUGGCUGGGCUUGCUCGGAGGGCAGCUGCCCGAUGGGCGGGUGGUCAGCUAGCUGAUCUACAUGGCCUCAGCAAGAAUGACUAGCUUCACAUGGACUCUUACCAUCUAGCAUGUUACCCCAGCCUUGUUCUCACGGUGGUCACAGAUUCCGAGAGAGAGAAAGAGAGAGAGAAAAGAGGAAAGCGUCUUUUGGCAUAGAGUAGGAACUGGCAUGCGGUCAUCUCUGUGGUUUUAUAGGUCAAAUAAAGUCAUCCUGCCAACCUAGAUUCAAAGGGUGAGAAAUUAGACUCCGUCUCUUGCUGAUAGGAUCUGCAGUCACAUUGCAAAAGGGUGGGGAUGUAGGGAGCAAACAAUUAUGACCACUUCUGCUAACAAUCCGUAGUAAGGACAUGCUGCAUGAGACAGGGAAGCCAUUACUUCCUGAGGACAGGAGCCAUG